AUGAAUAGUUGUAAUAACCAAAGUAACCUUUUCACAAAAGGAACUUUCACUAUAAGGAAGAUGGGUUUAAAUUAUUACUCCAUAAAUUCAUUUAAAAAUGAUAAAGAAAAAUGUAAAAGUGUAAAUCAUAUAAAUUUAAAUUCAUAUAAAUUGUUUAUUGCACUUUUCUUUUAUUUUUCAUAUUUUUUAUUACAAAAUAUGAUUCAACCAAAAAAUAAAAUUUCUGAACUAAAUUUAAUUAAAGAUAACCUAAGGAUCAUGUUCGAAGGACAAGGAGAAGCAAAUAAAGAUGUUUCUGAUAUGAAUCAAAUAAAAUUGAUUUCUUUAGAUGAUGAAAAUGAAAGUAAUGAUGAGAAUGAUGAUAUAAGUGAAAAUGAAAAUAACGAGAGAGACUAUAUUAAUCUCUUAGAUUUAAGUAAUUCCACCUAUAAUAUUAUAUUAAAUUAUUUGGAGCAAAAGAGUUAUAACAUAACGCAUUUUAUUUCUGAUGUAUUUUUUCAAUGGCAUUUUGGAUUCAUUACUCGAAAUAUGGAUGAUACAUGGAAAGAAGAAAGAUUUGAUAUUUGGUAUAAAUAUUUAUUAGAUCAAUCCCUAGAAUAUGAUAAAGAAAUCAUAGAAGAAAUCAAAAUAAUGAUAACAAAUCCAUAUCCAGACUAUUUUAUAGAAAUGUAUUGCAGGGAAAAAAAAUUAUCAUGGGAAAGGCGUAUGCAAGAAUUAAAAAAUGAAUGGAUAGAAUUUAUAUAUGAGAGUCUUGAAAUAUGGGAAACAGAAAAGGAUAAUAGAGAAAUGGUUGAUGAAGAGGAGCAUCAAUUAUAA